AUGGGCAGGACUCGUCCACUGCGGCCUACAUGCAGGGGGCGCAACGGGGUGUGCUGCCCCUUCCGGGCUCAUGGCAUUAAGCUUGGUGCACACUCGGACCAGUGUCGCUUCUGCUCAGAUGAGCAGCUCGUGCUCGGCAUUCAUAAAAAGAAUGGGUGCCUGACACGGUCCUUGAAAAAGCUGCACGGCGACGUGCUGGAGCAAGGAUUCCGGCGUAUCGCGGCCGUGGCAGACGCCGAAGUCGCCGAGCGGUUCCGAGAACGACAUGAAAAAGCUGUGCAAAAAAAGAGGAAAGCCAACGCGAAGGCGGCGGCUGGUUCUGCAGCCGUGGAGUCGACGGCCGAUGCGUCCCAGACGCAGGGAGCUGCAAGACCGGAGUCGCAGCAGCAGCCAGGCCACUGA